CCGGUUUACCACUAGGGUCCGUUAAUAGCAUUACUUUCAUGAGGAGUUAGUUAUCAUGACUUCCACUGGCGGGGUGUGUAUUCAGAGAACUAACGGUUAAAAAAAGGGAGCCUUCACAGCGGGCGACGAGCGGCUGCGCAAGAUGGUGUUUCAGUGUCUAAAUGUUUGCAUUGAAUGUCCACUGCGUUAGUCUGGGUUGUUAAAAAAAAAAAAAAAAAAACAUCAAGAGGUUCAAUUAGCUUGAUGUCCCCAAACAGAUGACACACCUCUACACGAAAUGUGCUGCAAUUAAUUGUGGUUUGCUGGCAGGUAUGAUGGCAGCCAGUGACGGGCCGUCUUUCAGCGGUGCUCUGAAAGCAUGGGGCUCCGGAUCAGUGGCAAGGGUCAACAGAGCCACAAGAUGGUGAUCUUCUUUGCCGUCUUCAUCUUGACAACACUCCUCAUCCUCUAUGGCUCCAACAGUAGCAAUGAUGGCGUCUACAUUCCCUUUCACGUGGCCAUCAAUCACGCCAUCAAGACAGACCUCAAGAAGUGGUCUGGCAGAGAUGGCUACAUGCCAAUUUAUGGAAACAAAAGUAUAACCCUGCACUGCCACAACUGUGCGCUGGUAACAAGCUCCAGCCACAUCCUUGGUAGCCGGGCGGGGGAUGAGGUUGACCAAACGGAGUGUGUGAUCCGCAUGAACGAUGCCCCCACAUCAGGUUAUGAGUCCGACGUCGGCAACCGGACCACCCUCAGGGUUGUAGCCCAUGCCAGUGUCUUCAGGGUGGUGCGGAGGCCUAAUGAGUAUCUGCGGCGUACAGACAGCAACUCCACAAUCAUUUUCUGGGGACCCCCCAAUAAGAUCGGGAAAGAUGCUAAGGGAACCUUGUUCAGAUUGAUCCAGAGGGUCAGCAUGACCUACGGCAACCUGUCGUUUUUCAGUAUUACGCCGACCAAAAUGCGAAAAUUUGAUAACCUGUUUAACAGAGAGACAGGACGGGACAGACAAAGGUCUCACUCUUGGUUGAGCACUGGCUGGUUCACAAUGGUCAUAGCCAUUGAAGUGUGUGAUAACAUCAAAGUAUAUGGGAUGGUUCCACCAAAUUACUGCGGAAGAAAACCUGUGUCCAAGAAGAUGCCCUACCACUACUACAAACCCAGGGGGCCCGAUGAAUGUCUAAUGUACCUCCAGAAUGAAAGCGGCCGCAGGGGAAACCACCAUCGCUUCAUCACAGAGAAACAGGUGUUUGCACGCUGGGCCAAGCAGUACAACAUCACAUUCGCUAACCCUAAAUGGAAGAAUGCCUGGAAGGGGAAGAAGAUGAACAAGAGGAGGAUCCAGCUCUGAGCCAGAUGAAAGAGAUGCUGUUGAGGAAGGUGGAGCUGUUGGUGGAGUGUUUGACAUGGAAGAGAAGGGGAGUGAACCAACACUAUCAGAUUUGGCUAGUCUUCUCAGAGCCCAUCUAAGACAACAGAAAGCCAAGGAGGACUACUGGACCAGAGAAGCUGCUAAGCAAAAACAGAAAUUUGAGGAACUGGAAAAACAGUUCAGCUUGUUUAGAAGUGAGAUUCAAACUCAGACCACUUCCCCAGUGCGGCAUACACAACCACCAGAUCCUAGUGUAGCAGCUUCCCAGCAACACAGUCUAUCAGGUGACCUUCUCUAUGCACAUUCUCAGGCACCUAAAUUACAAAAACUUAGUGAAGAGGAUGACAUUGAACACAUUACUUUUGAAAGAAUGGCUUCUGCCUGUAGGUGGCCGAGAACUGACUGGGCUUUUCACUUAAUACCUCUGCUAACAGGCAAGGCUAGGAGUGCCUUUGUGCAUAUGGAUGUUGAUUUGUCUAUGAUCUAUGACCAAGUUAAACUAGCUAUUUUGCAGAAAUAUGAGAUUAACAGUGAAACCUACAGGCAAAGAUUUCGCUCGCUUCAGGUAGAGCCUGAAGAAACUCCAAAAAAGCUCUACAUAAGGCUGAAGAAGCUUUAUAGUAAAUGGGUGCAACCUAAUGGUAAAACAGUGGAACAGUGGAUAAAAGAACAUAGACUGCAAAGAAGGCAGCUGAACUGGCUGACGUGUUGGUGGCUGCUCGGAGGAGGAACCUAUCUUGGGGUUUCCAAAGCUGGAAAAGGGAUGGCUGCAAGCAAUCAUCGGCCCAAAAGGUUUCAGCUGUGGGUAAGCCCCCUGUGAAAAGAUUUGACACAAUAUUUCAGGGGAAGAAGCCUGUCUGUUACUUAUGUGGACAGGAGGGUCACACCAAACCAAUGUGCCCUCAAAAUGCUGUUAAAUUGUCCCAGAUGUGUUUUGUGUCCAGGGAAGAGACUCAAAAUACUGUAUCAACGCAGCCAUUAAUGGAAAUGUAAGUGAAGCUCAACGGUCAGGCACCGAAAGCACUGAUUGAUACAGGGAGUACAGACCUUGGUCCAGCAAAGGUAUUUUCCACCUCAGUCUGUUUGCACCAGUGAGACCGUCCCAAUCUACUGUAUCCAUGGUGAUGAAAGGAAGUAUGCGACAGCAGAUGUCAAUGUGAUCAUAAAGGGACAAACUUACCUGCUUAAUGUUGGGGUAGUAGAUAACUUGCCAUUUCCAGUAAUCCUCGCCAGUGACCUACUGGUGCUUAUCAACCUGUUACAUCCUCCUCAGUGUAAUGUUGCUCUAACUCGGGCUCAAGCAAAGCAGCCUGAGGAAAUUGUUUCAUAUCUUAGUACCUUGCCAUCUCACAAUGUGGAAUUUUCCACAGGAAGAAUAAAAGUCAGGAAGUCCAAAGGCCUGUGGAGGAAGGAAAAGUUUCAAGGGACGGUGGUAGUUCCUCCUGACCCCCCACAGCCUGAGGUACUCCAAGAGUUUAAAAUUCCUGGUAAUAUAUUGAAGCUGCAGCACCAGGAUUCAAAUCGUGUGAAGUGUUUUAAAGAGGCAAAAGUCAACAAAAAUUAUUUUGUCAUUCAAAAUGACAUUCUCUACAGACAAAAUGGGCCAAUUAAACAGCUUGUGGUUUCUUAAGCAGUGAAACUGUUUUGAAGUUAGGCCAUUCUAUUUCCUGUGCUGGCCACCUGGGGAAGCAUAAGACCUUAGCCCGUAUAAAGCGCUGUUUCUAUUGGCCUGGCUUGCGUAAAGAUGUUGUGCAGUUUUGCAGGAGCUGUCCAGAAUGUCAAAUAAAGCACCUCUCCAACCUUUUCCAGUUCUGGGUAUACCAUUUCAACACCUGGGCAUAGACAUAGUAGGACCAGUGGAAAGGAGUAAAGCUGGAAAUCGGUUUAUGCUGGUGAUUGUGGAUUACACAACUAAAUAUCCAGAAGUGUUCCCCCUGAAAGUUGUCAAAGCAAAGAAUGUUGCGUUCUGUUUGGUGUAAUUUUUUUUCCAGAGUUGCCUCCCCUCAGGAAAUACUCAGUGACCAGGGCAACAAUUUUAUGUCAAAAUUGCUCAAAGAUGCGUAUCAGUUGCUAGGGAUUAAAGUACUGAGUACAACACCUCAUCCACAAACUGAUGGACUCACUGAAAGGUUUAAUCAAACCCUUAAACAAAUGCUAAGGCAGUUUGUGAAUGAAACUGGCUCUGACUGGGACAAAUGGCUUCCAUAUAUUCUGUUAGCAUACAGAGACGUUCCUCAGGCUUCUACUGGGUUUUCUCCAUUUGAAUUAGUAUUUGGUUAUGAAGUGAGGGGACCCUUGACUGUUCUAAAGGAACUGUGGGAGGGGAAGCAAACUAACAAAGAUUCUCUAAAUGUUGUAUCUUAUGUGCUCCAGAUGAGGGAGAAGAUGACAACAUUGGCCCAGGAGCACAUGAAGACCUCUCAGCAUAAACAGAAGACCUGGUAUGACACUGCCGCCCGGGAGAGGGGGUUCAAACUGGGCCAGAAAGUGCUUGUUAUGCUGCCUUCAGAGGAUAGCAAGUUGCUUGCCAAGUGGCAAGGGCCUUAUGAGGUAAUGGGGAAAUUGGGACAAACAAUAUAUAAAGUUUCUGUUCCGGGUCAAAGCCACUCCACUCAGAUUCUCCAUGGGAACCUGCUUAAAGAGUAGGUGUCCCAGGACCCAGAGAAAUCUGCUUCUUUUUACAUCCAGAGUACAGAGGAUGAGGAACCCGAGGAGCAAUAUUUUCCUGUUCCAUCACCCUCCCAGCCAGUUAGGAUCAUCUGUCCAGGGAACAGCAGUUGGAGGUGGGGGCUGUUUGUCCAUUAAAUGUGUUCCAGAAGAAUCCAGGUUAUACUGAUGUGAUAAUGCAUGAUGUUGCCUUAAAAUAAGACGCAGUUCCAAAACGAAUGAGCUAUCGCAAUCCUGAAAGACUUCUGGAACCACUCAAAAGGGAAAUUGAGGUAAUGCUUUCUCUUGGAAAUUUUGAGGCAUCACAGAGCGAGUGGUGCAAUCCAAUUGUCCUUGUCCCUAAAAAGGAUGGAACAAUUGGGUAUUGCAUUGACUUCCGCUAUCUCAAUUCAGUCUCAAAGUUUGAUUCCUAUCCAACUCCUCGUAUCAAUGAUUUGAUUGAGAAACUUGGUAAAGCAAAAUAUCUCACCAAAAUCGACCUUUCCAAAGGCUAUUGGCAAGUACCACUCUCCUCUAGGCCUAGAGAGAUGACAGCUUUUAGAACACCAUGGGGCCUUUACCACUUUAGAGUGAUGCCGUUUGGACUUCAUGAGGCUCCUGCCACAUUCCAGCGCCUAAUGGAUAAGGUACUCAAUGGCCUCACACAUUUUGCCUCUGCAUAUCUGGAUGACAUCAUUGUUUAUAGUAACUGUUGGAAUGAACACUUACAACACCUAAAUGUGGUCUUUGAGUGUCUCAAGAAAGCAGGAUUGACAGUGAAUCCAGCAAAGUGUGCCACUGCAAAGAGGGAGACAGAGUUCCUGGGUUUUGUUAUUGGAGGAGGACUGGUGAAGCCACAAAUUCAAAAAAUUGAAGCCAUCCAUCCUGCCCCCUUCCACAGACAAGAAAAUAACUUAAAUCCUUCUUGGGUAUGUCUGGCUGGUACCACAGAUUUAUUCCCAAUUACUCUACCAGAGCUUCUCUUUUUCCACACAUGACCAGUCUUCGGGGCCCAAACGUUCUACUGUGGUCUAAUGAAGCUAAGGCGGCAUUUAAAGACAUUCAGCAGGCCCUAAGCCGAGAUCCUGUGCUCCAUUGCCCUGAUUUCCAGCAGGAGUUUGUUUUUCAAACUGAUGCUUCAGAUAAAGGUCUUGGUGCUGUGUUGUUGCAGGGCCCCCCACAUGACCGCCAUUCCAUCGCCUUCAUUAGCCGAAAGCUUUUUCCCAGAGAAACCCGUUAUUCCACUGUUGAGAAGGAAUGCCUGGCUAUAAAGUGGGUUCUGGAUUCACUUCGAUAUUAUCUUCUGGGAAGACAUUUUGUACUGGAAACUGUUUAAUAAAGCCUUAAAAUGGCUGUUCUGACACAUGGAUAUGCUUUGAACUUGUAUAUGUGGCUGUAUGUUUAGGGUUGUUAUCCUGUUGUAAAAUGAGCCUUCCCUGUCUCUUCUGAACAAAAGCAUUCCUAUGACAUGGUGCUGCCACCACCAUGUUUCACUAUGAGGAUGGUUUAUUCAGGGUGCAGUGUUAGUUUCCUUCCACAUGGCAUUUUACAAGAUGGCCAAAAGGUUUAAUUUUGGUCUCAUCUGACAAGAGCACCUUUUUCCACAUGUCUUCCCAACACGGCUUGUGGCAAACCUGAAACAGGAUUUCUUAUGGCUUUCUUUUUGCCACCAGAUUUGCAGAGUGUGCAGCUAAUAGUUAUCCUGUUGAUUCUUCCACCUGAGCUCUGGAUAUCUGCAGCUUUUCCAAAGUAACAGUUCCCCACUUACCCGCUAAAUGGCAUGUCAAGUUUAGGCAGUUGUCUAUGUCUUUGUAAGUUUACACUUCUAAUGUGUCUAUGGAUUGAACAGAGCUCUGUAAGAUGUUUUCAUUUUUACCUCACAGUUAUGUGCCACUUUGUGUUGAUCUAUCACAUAAAAUCCCCCGAAACACCCUGACAUUUUUGGUUGUAAUGUGACAAAAUCUGAAAAAGUUCAAGGUAUAUGAAUUAACUUUCCAAGUGCUGUGUAUUAAACCCUUCUGUAGCUGAA